CGGGUCUGGCUGCCGGGCUGCCGCGGGGAAGCAUUUGAACGUGGGACCGUGAGAAGCCGCUUGUAAACAGAGCCGGGCCGGGAUGGUCGGCGGCCGGAGCGGAGCCGCUGGCGGUGAGGAGGGCGGGCUGUCUGGGUCGGGGCCCUGCCGGGAGUCGGCUGCAGGCCGCGCGGGCGACCAGACCCAAGGCACGGAAACCCAGGAUUGGUGCUGUGUUGCUCUGACAAAUACUGCCCUGCUGUCUUCACAGAGGGCCCCAAGCACAAGCUUCCCAUGUGUCUGUGCUGGACCUCCUCUAGGCAGCCAGAUAGAUGAAGGGUUCUUCCACUGGUUCCCACGGCUGCAUUGCUGAGACACUGCUCUGUGUUGGCUGAAUGUUCGCAGCAGCCUUUCCUGAAGCAGUGUAGGAAGCUUCGACCGCUUGGAACCCGUGUCAUGGAAGCUUUGGAGGUGGAUGACAUCAGCCCUGCCUUAGAGGUGACUGAGGACUUCUUUAGCACUUUUGAUAGUAAGCUGGAAAAGGCUGUGCCGCAAGCAGAGGUGUAUGGGAUUCAGGAAGUCCCUGAACUGGUGGGGCAUGAGGUCCUCAGUACCAUAACCGACAAUGGUGCUUUGAGAAAUGUUGCCUCCCUGGGCAAGGGGACCAUGAUUUGGGACCACUGUAAGAGCAGGCUCCUAGAAACCAAAGCUCAAAAUGUCUUCCCUGCCAAAGAACAGCUUAUGGUCCAGAGAGGGACAGCCCCAGAUAACCUCUCCUGGAUGGAGCAAAAGGAAGCGUCAACCUUCAACUUUUUUAACAUCUGUCAGCGUCGGAGGGACAGACCUCGCUCUGUGAAUGACUUAUUGGAUGAGACCACAACUUUCAAGCCAGGACAUGCUCGGUCAAGGUCCGACAUAACCCAUGUAGACUGGCGGCUUGUCCUUAGCACCAUGCCUUUGCAGCAGCAACAGCAACAACUAGCCCUUCAAGGCCCUCACUUUGCCAGGCCGUCUUUUCUGUUGCCUUCGCCCAGUAAGGUUGAAGAUGCCCAAGGAAAUACAGAACACAAGCAGACAUUCCCAAACAUACUGAAGAAGGGCUAUCUGGAGAUCAGGAAGAACCAUGACAGUUACUGGCAAAGCUGCUAUGCCGAGCUCUCACCCUAUAACUUACACUUCUACAGCCUGGACAGCAGCGGGAACCAAAGCCCGUAUGCCACGUACCAGCUGUCACACUUCCAGAGCAUAUCCGUUCUAGGCAAUCUGGAGGCCAGGAUGGUAGACACUGUUCUCUAUGACAAUUCUCAGCUGCAGCUAAAGGCGGAGUCCCCGUGGGAGGCAUUGGACUGGGGGCAGAAGCUCUGGGAAGUGGUGCAUGCUGCCGCGCCCAAUUGCAUGGGCCGGCAGGAUGAGCUGGCAAACGCACCAGGACUUGGUCAUCAUGGUGACUGUACACAGACCCACUGUUUACAGAAGCAAUCCAGUGGGCUGCUGUCCACCCCUGUCUUGGACAGCCCCAAGCAGUACCAAAACAUCCUCAAAUCAGGGACACUCUACAGACUGACCGUCCAGAACAACUGGAAGGCAUUUACAUUUGUGCUGAGCGAGGCCUACCUGAUGGCCUUUCACCCUGGCAAGCUAGACGAGGAUCCCCUGUUGAGCUACAAUGUGGAUGUGUGUCUGGCUGUGCAGGUAGACAACCUGGAUGGCCGUGACUCUUGCUUUCAAGUCAUUUUCCCCCAAGAUGUCCUCCGCCUCCGGGCCGAGACCCGACCGAGGGCUCAGGAAUGGAUGGAAGCUCUGAAGGCGGCAGCCAACGCGGCGAGGAGGAGUUCCGAGCAAAACCUGCAAGUCACACUGAGGAACAAACCCAAGGAUCAGGUGGGUGGCCGGGAGCUGCGGAAGAACAAGCGUCAGUCGGUGACCACCAGCUUCCUGAGCAUCCUGACAACCCUGUCUUUGGAGCGAGGCCUCACCGCUCAGAGUUUCAAAUGUGCAGGAUGCCAGCGAUCCAUUGGCCUUUCCAACGGCAAGGCCAAGGUGUGCAAUUACAGUGGGUGGUACUACUGCGGCAGCUGCCAUGUGGACGACAGCUUUCUCAUCCCAGCACGAGUCAUUCACAACUGGGACACUUCAAAAUAUAAGGUGUCCAAGCAGGCCAAGGAGUUCCUGGAGUAUGUGUACGAAGAGCCCCUGAUCGACAUCCAGCAGGAGAACCCCAUGCUGUACCUCCACGCGGAGCCGCUGGCCACCGUGGCCCGGCUGCGGCAGCAGCUGAAGUCGCUCCGAGCCUAUUUAUUCAGCUGCCGGGCAGCAGUGGCAGAGGACCUGCGCCGCAGGAUUUUCCCCAGAGAAUACCUCCUUCAACAGAUCCACCUGUAUUCUCUCGCUGACCUGCAGCAGGUGAUAGAGGGCAAGCUGGCUCCGUUCUUGGGCAAGGUCAUUAAAUUCGCCACCUCGCACGUCUACAGCUGCAGUCUUUGUAGCCAGAAAGGGUUCAUCUGCGAAAUCUGUAACAAUGGAGAGAUCCUCUAUCCCUUUGAGGACAUUUCAACAAGCAGGUGUGAAUGCUGUGGCGCCGUCUUCCAUUCCGAGUGCAAAGAAAAGUCUGUCCCCUGCCCACGCUGUGUCCGCCGGGAGCUGCAGAAGAAGCAGAAGUCCUUCUGGCGCCAACUGAACAUGGAUGAAAGCCUGGAGGAGGCGUGCACCAUGUUCGAGCUGUCCUACCAGAACACCUGACUGCAGGCCAGGCUGCUCUCCCCCACCACCACCCGAGGGGCCACUCAUGCCCAUGCGGAUGACGCUGUUUCUUCUUCAGCUAGAUGUAGAUAUCUAAGUUAUUUAUUUAUAUUAUACACACCUCUACGUCCUGUACGUAUGCUUUGUAUAACCCACUGUCCAAGAGGUCCAUAGAGAUCCUAUGGCUGAACUCCUACCAGAUAACUGGGUUACACUUGGCCAUGAAAUUCAGUGGCUUGCUCCCAGCAACUGUGGUUUACACACAUUGCUCUGUAGUUCAGACCCCUAUCUAUACUCCCACCGGCUCUAAGGGCCGGGCUACUGCACGGGCAUCAGAAGAAGCAUCUCCCAUGGCUAAGCUCAGGAUUGUCACUGAGUUUUAGCCUUUGCUAGGGAAACCAAGGUGGAGACCAUUGUCAUCUGCUUCACAUGGAAAUCUCCAAAACACGGUGCUUCUGGAUCCUUCCAGGCACCAGAGUCCUUGGCAGAGAAACAAUGAAGCAGAGCCGCACAGCAGAAACCCAGAGGGUCCCUCCCUCCAACAGAAAACACGAGGAGCAGAGCUGCCCUGGGUUUGAAGUUAAUCCCUGAAAGUGACUACAGAAGGCCCUCAGUGGCCAGUCACUGCAUGUCCUCCAUCUGUUUGCUGGUACGAAGCCCAGCAACUGCCUGAUGGUACCUGCCAGAGUGGGCACGGACGUCCUCAGAACAGGUUUCCAAGCAUGGUGUGGAGGAUGUUUGUUAUCUUUUUCAUAGUGCAGGCCAGGAGGAAAUGUCCCGGGAUUGUCCUCAAGCAUAUCCGUAUAUAGACUGCUAGGCGUAUGCCACACACAUCUUGGGGGACACGGUGUUUCCUCUCCUGGAGGCCUGCAGAGGCAGUGGCCCCCUGUCAUUUUGAAUGUUUUGUUUCUCAUUGUCCUUCAGAGCACUUUUGACCCUUCACCAGUCCAGGUGACGCCUCUUGCUUUUGUAUGCUGGGUGUUGCGUUUGUCUGGGAUGGGGGCGUAUUUUAAGAAAGGGGCUUGCUGUAUAUCCCUGGCUGACCUCAAGCUUGUGAUCCUGCUGCCUCAUCCUCC